UUCUGAGCAUUGAUGAACCGCGCAUCAGUGUACUGACAAGUGUUUUUUGUGGCACCAUCUGUUCUAUGCAAAUCGAUGGCAGAUGACUGAGUGCCAGCUAACACACACUUACCCACACAAUUACAGUUCCACACAUUUACCCACACGGUUACAGUCACACACACUUACCCACACGGUUACAGCCGCAUAUCAUUUACACACAGUGGAAUGCAGUGUGCUGAAUGAAAGGUAAUAAAGAAGUGCCCUUCGUUUGAGACAGGAUGCUUAGCAGUGCAUGAAAAACACAACUGCUAGGUUCUGAGGUUGUAUAAUUUCACAGGUGGGGGGUUGGUGGUGGUGGUGAUGGUAGGUGGGGGGUUGGUGGUGGUGUUGGUGAUGAUAGGUGGGGGGGUGUUGGAUAUAUUCUCCUCCUUCAGCACCUCUUUGUGUGGUGUCUUCAUUCACUCAGAUUGCUUUAGUGAACAUACGGGUUCUGCAGGAAACACGUGUCUUCGCUCAGCUGCUAUCACCGGGGACAAAAGAGCCCAAAAAGAAAAAAAAAAAAAUGGGUCAGAGUCGUGAUGAAGCCGUGAGGAUUGCUUUGGAUCUACUCACUGACGCUAAUUAAUCGCGCGCUCAUUUGCCUGCCGUGUGUAUUUUUUAUCUGUUUGGUGUUACCUAUAGCUCGGCGCGUUGGGUUUCCUCUCUCGGUCUUUUGUGUGCACAACGGGAAGGUCGCUGCCUAGGAUGCAUAAGAUCAUUUGCUGGAUGAUGAUGUUGACUGUUUCGUCCCCCUGGGAGCUAUUUUGGUGAUUUCAGUGAAGGAAAAGGAGCAAAGUUCUACUGAGACAGACGACUACACAUGAACUGUGGACCCAGGGGACUUGAGACCGUCUAAUGGCAUUGUACAUACACAUACAAGGCACUGGACUCUGAGAAGCCUGUGGAUCUCCUGAGCACCUAAAAGCCAUGUUCCCAGCCCAUCGACGCUCCUUCAGGGCGGCUAAGCUGCUACUCGGGGCUCUGAUCUUUCUCCGGGCUUGCAGUUGUGCUUUGGGCUCCAGUGGUGAGACAUGUUACUCCAGACAGCAUCGAGACACCAUUGUGAAUGUGCACAAGGCUCUAGAUCAUCAAAAGACCAUAAUGGAUGUCAGGAAGAAAGAGGCAGAAAGAGACUGCAUCCUGGCCUGUUGCUCGGUAGAGCUGAAACCAGGUAUAAAGUGCAACAUGGUGGUGUAUAAGCCAUCAGGCCAAGAUGGUAGUGAGAACUGCUACCUGUUUCAUUGUGAAACUGAGCAGGACUGCCCUCUGAUGUCGGCCACGCCUGGGACUAACACUUAUGAUAUAUUCAAAGGUUUGACACACCCUUUGGCAAAAGAAAAGGAGAGAGUACCCACAAUGCCCAUUACAGUAGCAAAACAACUUACUACUACUCAAUCUACAUCGACAACCAUGAAACCAACAACCACAACAACCACAACCCAGCCCACCACUGCGACAAGUACCACGCAGUCAUCUACAACCACGUCUCCGACUACGGCAACCACCUCCACCAUAGCGCCCACAGAGCUGGCAAUUAUCCUCCUUACGAUGCCUGUUGAAAUCGUGCCAACCACUACAUCAACUACAACAACAACAACAACAACGCAAUCCACAAUGACAACCACAAAGGUACCUGCCACAAUGAGUACCACAACAACUACACAUCCAGUCCAACCACAGCCACUCCCAAAUCCAAUCAGACCUUCCAAAAAGCAGAUCAGGCCAGCAAAAAAGCCAGAGCCCCAUGGGAAAUCCAUUGCUAAAGUAGGUGAGAUUCCAACCUUACAGAAACAAGCCACACAGAAAACUACGAUACCUACUACUGCUACCACUAGUACAACUACUACCACAACUACUACUCCAACUACAACCACAACUACUACUCCCCCUACGACCACAACUACUACGCCCUCUACAACCACAACUACUACUGCCCCUACGACCACAACUACUACUCCCCCUACGACCACAACUACUACGCCCUCUACGACCACAAGUACUACUUCCCCUACAACCACAACUACUACUCCCGCUACGACCACAACUACUACGUCCUCUACAACCACCACUACUACUCCCACUACAACUACUACAACCACUACAUCCACAACUACCAUUGAAAGGACAACUAUAGUCGUUGUAGAGAUGGAGAAUGAUGUGAAAAAUGGAGAUUCAGGCCCUGACCCUCCAGCAGUAUCCUCUGCCUCAGAUAAGGCUAAGGAGUCACAUUUGAUGUGGAAGAAUAGCCUGGCUUUGCUGGUCGUGCUCACACUCAUCAUUCUCACGUUUGUCGUGGCCAUCGUGGGCCGCAGAGCCAUGGAAUCCUUUGACAGGAGACACUACACAAGACUGGAGCUCAACGACCUUCACUAUGAGAUCUAAAGCUCAACCAAAUCCUUGAUGAUUGAAGAGACAAUCCCAUUCAAUAUUGAAAUGUACCCCCGACC